AUGUGUAACUAUGUUCCGUGUCACCGUCUUACCAAUUCAAAUAUUUUCCUACCUAAAUCGCCAUUAAACAUACAAAAGAGAUCUUUUGGGGGGUAUUUAGAAGAGUAUUAUACAACAUCUAAUGCUUCAACUGGAUUUUCUACCCCCCUCAGAUCAUUAUUCAUAUAUUCCCUUGUUGUAUUGCAGACUGCAUUAGUUUUCGGAACUUUGUUUCACACAAAUUAUUAUUUUACUGGAAGAAUUUUGCCUAAAGCUGAUGGGAAUACUCAAUUAUGUUCGGAUAGUAUAAUUUCAUAA